AGCUUCUCUUUCUUUAGAACAUGUGAUGCAUUUACAUUUUAGUAAAUUUUUUCAAAGAUAUUUUUAAUUGUGAAAUUUUCACCAUUAUAAGCUGAAAAUCUUCAGGAAACUUUGCGCUGCAAGCUGAAACCAAAGAAGCCUUGCUGCCUUUUUAACACGCACAUGUUGGAUAUGCUUCUGUUGGAGAGUUGCAGGAGUCUGACAAUGAAAGGCGCGGAAGCAGAAUCUAGCUGGAAGAUCAAUUUGAAUCGCCAAAUAGCUGAGGUAGAGGUUAUAAGGUCAAUAUAUGGAGGAGAAGGGGAAUUCGAAAUGAACAGCUUAGAAGAAGCUUUUCUAGAAGCUCUCUCUAGCUUUGCUGAUGAUGAUGCCAUUCCAGAAUCAUUUUAUAUAUCUUUCACCAUACACUUAUUAUCAACAGAGAUGGGUGGGCAUCAUGUGAGUGUUGGUUUUUCUAUGCCACGUGGUUAUCCAGAAGAACAGCCUGUCAAUGUCACUGUUAACUGUGUGGGUGAGGUUUCAAGGUCUGAGCACGAGGUCAUCAAUGUUGGAGCUAGAGAAGUAGCCCAUGAACUCAUUGGUCAGGAAGCAGUCUUGCAAGUGCUUCAAAGAGUGCAGGACAUGUCCCUGAAAAAAAGCAAUGAAACCAUUGGAAAAUCCUCUGGAAACAUUGACGGGUCGAUCUCUAGUGUCCAUAGACUCUCACAUAUAAAACGGGUAGUUAUAUGGUUUCACCACAUAAAAUCAUUGCAAAAGAGGAAAUCCAUAUUGGAAUGGGGUAAGGAACUCAAUCUGGGAGGAUACUGCAAACCUGGCUUCCCAGGGAUUAUUAUUGUUGAGGGUGAAAAAUGCGAUGUGGAUACAUAUGUCAAGCAACUCCAAAAUCUACGAUGGCAAGCUAUUUCUGUUAGAGGAGAGGAACAAGAGGAAGUGAAAUGCGGAGAGGAAAUUGAUAAUGCAAGGCGCUUCUUAAAGGGAGUUAAAGAGCUGGAUGAGCAUGGCAUGUCAGAACUUGGACGCCUUUGUCGAGAGGCAAAUCUAGAGCAUCUUUUUCUGAGUGCUUUAAAAAUAAAUCGAUGACUGAAUUGCUUCAAAGGUCAUGGAAUAUCUCAGUUAAUUUGUAAACUUGAAAGAAUGGUCACUGACAGCUUUCAUGGCUUUAUAUAAGUGUGAACAUAAUUGCAGUGCUAGCCAUUGUUUUCAAAGCAAUCGGUGUUUUUGUUCAUAACAAAAACAGAUCAACAUUGAUGCUUAUGGGAAGAUUAAAUCUGAAGUUAUUGUUAAUAAAAUCCCUUGUUAGAGGCAAUAAUAUAACUAUGAUUGAUAGUAA